UAAACGCGAGUGCAUAAGAAGUCAAUAUAAAAAUAAACAUACUUAUAUACCUACAUACAUAAAUACAUAUCUAUCGUUAUCUCUGUUGUAUCUAUAUGUAUGUGCAAAUCAGUGUUAAUGAAUGCGAGAAACCAGCCAUGUCAUAAAGAAUAAAAUUAUAAUAUCCAAUACAAUUCUUUAAUUUAUUUAGAGAGAGUAAAGAACACCUAACAACAACAACAACAACAACAACAGCAGAGAAAAACGUGCUUUCAUAAUUACUAUCUAAAUACUUUAAUUGAGCCCGGUGUGUGUGUGCGUGUGUUUGUGUAUGUUUUGUUUGUUUUGCUCUGCAUUCAAAUACAAAACGACAGUUUCCAGACACAUUCGUGCUUAACCAUUUGUUUACAUUUUGCUGAUGGUGUUUUGAAGAACGACGACUUCUCUUUUUCCAUCACUGCUAUAAGAUUUUUUUAGUUACAGACAAUUUCUGCUACAAAAUUGUUGAGAUUUUUUUAUUUUAAUAUUAGGCAGAUAAACUGCAAACAAUUUGAGAGAACUACUAAAUACAGCAUAAAAGGAAAAAACUUAAGCCACCAUUUGCCGGAAGUGAAUACGUUCAUCGUUGAAUCCAACACAGCAGACAUUGUUAAAAAGGGAUCGCUACAUUCUUUAUUUGGCAUUCCUUGGAGAGAGAGAGAAAAACUAAAACUUUUAGAUUUUAAACGUUCAUACCAAAGAAAAUUGCGCUAGUAAGAUAAAUACCAAACUGCAUAGUGGGAAACUUAGACUAGAUUGAAAGAUAGAAGAGAAACAGCGACAACAACAACAAUGUAUAUCCCUCGAAAUAGGCAAACUGCAAAUGUAGCUGUAAGCCAUAUCCGGCCAAACAGGAAAUGUUUUUCCUUGUACCAAAUUUUCUUGGGCCUCCUGGUGCUUUUAGCCAUCAGCACCCGACAGGCGGUAUGCCGACCCAGUCAUGAGGAUGAAUUGCUGCCGGCCCACUUUAAUGUCGAUGAGGAAUAUGGAGAUGCCGAUAAUUUGGAGAUACAUCAUGUGAAGUUGGUUGAUGGCAUCAUGGAAGAGGACCAUCCCAUUAUUAUGUACAAAGAGGAUUUUGUCGAUGAAGAUUAUGUUCCUGCCAAGAACACCACUAAACGUCCACGUAAAUACAAGGAUAUUGCCCAUCGUCGUCGCCAUAGAACCACCCCCAGUCCAGACACUGAGAGUAACGAAGAAUUUGGUGAAAAAAGUGAAAAAAUCUAUUUCGACUUCUUGCCCGAGACUCCUUUGAUGGUUAACGAAAACGAUGAUGGGGUAAAACAUCGUAGACUGCACAUGAAAUUGGUGCCGCUAUCCGAGGAAUUGAAGGAAGCUGAAGAAGCAGCAGCAGCAGAUGCAGCUCACGAUGCCAAUGCCGAACCUUCCAAAGAAGAAUUGCAAAAACGGCCUAAGAAAUAUCACCGUCGUGUGAGACGUGAUACUACAGGGCAGUCCGGACAUGUUUUGCGCAAGCGUAAUCCCUUCUUUAGGCAAACCAGCCAAAAUAGAGCCGAUGGUCAGCAAGAGCACACAGUGCAGACUCAUAUUAUUUACAUCAAGCAUGCCGUUCCCGGCAAGAAACACAAUGGCCUAGAUAUACCUGUGACCAAGGCGCCCAGCAAAGGCGAUGGAACACCCAUUUCUUUUGACAAUCGCAUAGCUGCGGAUGAAAAUGAUCGUGUAGUCGUCUCAGGUGGCACUUCUCGUCCCCGCACUACCAGAAGACCACCAGAGCAAUCCAUUUUCCGCGAUCCCAGACCAGAGAACUACGAUUUCAGUUUUAUGGAUAACAACAAUCAACAACGAACAACCACCCCCAGAACACCAAGCAUGAAUCGUCCAGUGACAACUCGCCCUCCAGAGUCCAUCUUCCGUGAUCCAAGUCCUGAAAAUUACGAUUUCAGCUUUAUGAAUCCUGGAUCAUCGGCAUCCGCAUCAUCAUCCUCUUCAUCUUCUUCGGCCGCUGCAAGUCCCCAAUCUCGUCCUCAAUCAUCCGAACCAGCAGGCAUUUCACAAUGUGUAUGGGCCAUUGUGAAUUGCUGUUCGAAUCGUAACAAUCAAAUUCGUUACUCCUGUUUCGAACAGAAUGGCUGUUAUGGUGCCUUCUGGGGCUUAAAUCCUUGCGCUGAGAAUGUGCGCGAUAAUUUUAUCAGCUAUGUUGCGGAUUAUUACAACUGAAGCGGUUAACAAUUCCGUUUUUCCCUCAAUCUGAACUGUGUUCGUCGUUUAAUGUGCGUGUGUGUUUAAGUUAGUAUAGAAUUUUUUGAAGCUCGAAAUCUUCUUUUUUUUAUUUUUAAAUAAUUUACGAGUACUUAACCAAAGUUUUAACAAAAACUCAUAUGAUUUUUUUUGUGUAAUGCACUUUUUUUUUUUGAAUAAUGCUUAAGCAUAAUAAUAUUUUUUGAUGUUGCUUUUUUAUUAUCCUUUUGUUUUAUUGUAAUUUUCUUUUUUAUUAUUAAAUUUAUUUAAUGCACUUUCUGGCACUUUAAUCACUUUGAGUGAUUUUAAAACAUUGAAGGACAGAGAGAUGUAGUGAAAAGUUCAUGCGUUAAAUGUCCCUCUACGAGAUACAAUAUUGUAUUUUCUUUCACACAUUUUGUAAAAUGCAUUUAAGUGAGUUAUGUUGCUGUCUUCUCUGAAUAUGUUCAACAAAAUUUCAAGGCACAAAUAUAACACCAAAAUAUAUAUGUUUUAAAAAUUUAAACCAAAA